AGCGGAUCCCGGUGGCUCCACCGGGUUUUUUGGCCGUCGCGGCUGCCGUCGUCGCGUCGUGACUGACUGGUCUCCGCUCAUCCGGUCCGGUCGGGUCCAGGGGGAUGUUCGUGUCGCUGUGAAGCAGCAGCCCGGGUGUUGUUAACCAUGUCUGCGAGCGGAGGGGGAAGCAGCGGCUUCUACUUCAGCACCGUCCUGUCCUUGGCUCGGUCUCUGGCGGCUCACCGACAGGCGCCCAUAGACAAGGUCCAGAAGCUCCAGUGCAUGUGUCCUGUGGACUUCAGGGGAGUCUUCCAGCUGGAUGAGAGGAGGAGAGAUGCUGUGAUAGCGCUUGGCAUUUUUCUAGUAGAGUCAGACCUUCAGCACAAAGAAGCCACCGUCCCCUACCUGCUUGGGCUGCUGAAAGGGCUUCCCAAAGUUCAGUGGAUCGAAGAAAGCUCAGAGCGCAAAGGACGGGAGACUCUUCCGGUCGCAGAAAACUUCAGCUUCGCUCUCGUAACGCUGCUUUCAGACGUCGCCCAACGCGAUGAAAACUUACGAGGACAGAUCCUGGAGGCGAUUAUGGACAUCAUGAAGGUUCUUCAAGACACCUGCAAAAGUCCAGAGGCCCAUGACAAAGAAUACCUGUGCAGGUACACUGUGCCCACCCUCCUCGGUGUCGCCAGAGCGUUCGGUAGAUACAGCAACACGGACGAGCCGCUGCUGUCCAAGCUGUUUCCUCGACCCGUCGCUCCCCUGCUGCCCAACAGAGACGACAGCGAUGCCGUCCGCCGACGUUCCUUCAACGACUUCCGCUCCAUCCUCCCAAGCUCGCUGCUCACAGUGUGUCAGGGAGACUCUGUGAGACUGAAAGGCUCCUCCGUGUCCAGUUUGUCACAACAGGCCAGUCCAGAGAGAGGUCUGACACCCAGCUCCCCUGCAGAUCCAUCUGCACACUACUUUGAAGGCUCGUAUCUUCCCGACGGCAGCGCCGUGGAUCCCGAUUACUACUUCUCCACCAUCAGCUCCAGCUUCUCCGUCUCUCCUCUGUUCACUGGCAGCAGCUCCGGAGAGUUACAUGUUCCUCUGGAUAUGCUCAGACAACUCCUCCACAUGGUUGAGCAGUUUGUCUCGGAGUCGUUUCUCAAAUCCCUGGAUGGGACCUUGGCAGAACUUCUAGAGAUGAAUCCUGGUUUUCAUCUCUACUACAAAACCUUCAGUGACCCACUGUAUGUUGCCAUAUUUAAGAUGCUGAGAGACACCUUGUACAACCUGAAAGAUCUUCAGACUGACUACGUGAAGGAGGUCCACGACUUUGUCCUGGAGCAGUUCAGCAGCAGCCAGUCGGAGCUGCAGAGGAUCCUCCACGAUGUCGAGUACCUCCAGAGCGAAUUGAGCCCGCUGAAGCUGCGCUGCCAGGCCAACGCCGCCUGCGUGGACCUCAUGGUGUGGGCUGUGACCGAGGAGCAGGGCGCUGAGAACCUUUGCACCAAACUGUCGGAGAAGCUGCAGUCGAAGACCUCCAGCAAGGUCAUCAUUGCCCACAUGCCCCUCCUCAUAUGCUGCUUACAGGGUUUGGGUCGUCUGUGCGAGCGCUUCCCCGUUGUGGCCCACUCUGUCACCACGUCUCUGAGAGACUUCUUGGUGGUCCCUUCUCCUGUUCUGGUGAAGCUGUACAAAUAUCACACCCAGUACACUCCAGGAGGUGGUGAGAUCAAAAUCCACGUGACCAACGAACAUUCCCAGUCGACUCUCAGCACCCACUCAAGCAAGAAGAGCCAGCCGUCCAUGUACGAGCAGCUGCGGGACAUCUCCAUAGAUAACAUCUGCAGGUGCCUAAAGGCGGGCCUGACCAUGGAUAACGUCAUCGUUGAGGCUUUUCUCGCCAGUCUUUCGAAUCGUCUCUACAUCUAUCAGGAGAAUGACAAGGACGCCCACCUGAUCCCUGACCACACCAUCAGAGCUCUGGGUCACAUUGCCGUGGCAUUGCGCGACACUCCCAGAGUAAUGGAGCCCAUCCUGCAGAUCCUGCAGCAGAAGUUCUGCCAGCCUCCGUCCCAGCUGGACGUCCUCAUCAUCGACCAGCUGGGCUGCAUGGUCAUCACAGGAAAUCAAUACAUCUACCAGGAAGUGUGGAAUCUGUUCCAGCAGAUCAGCGUCAAGGCGAGCUCCAUGGUCUACUCCACCAAAGAAUACAAAGACCAUGGAUACAGACACUGUUCGCUGGCCGUGAUCAAUGCUCUGGGGAACAUAGCGGCAAACCUCCAGGCUGAGCAGAUGGUGGACGAGCUGCUGGUCAACCUACUGGAGCUUUUCGUCCAGCUGGGUUUAGAGGGGAAGAGAGCCAGCGAGAGGGCCUCGGACAAAGGCCCGGCUCUGAAGGCGUCGAGCAGCGCAGGAAACCUCGGAGUCCUGAUCCCAGUCAUCGCUGUGCUAACGAAGAGGUUGCCGCCAAUCAAGGAGGCAAAGCCGCGCCUGCAGAAGCUGUUCAGAGACUUCUGGCUCUACUCGGUGGUCAUGGGAUUUGCAGUGGAGGGCUCAGGUCUCUGGCCGGAGGAGUGGUACGAAGGAGUCUGUGAGAUCGCCACCAAAUCGCCGCUGCUGACGUUCCCCAGCGGCGAACCUUUACGCUCAGAGCUGCAGUACAACUCUGCCCUGAAGAACGACACCGUCACCGCAGCGGAGCUGAAUGAUCUACGCAGCACCAUCAUCAACCUGCUGGACCCUCCGCCGGAGGUGUCUGCUCUUAUCAACAAGCUGGACUUCGCCAUGUCCACGUAUUUGCUGUCCGUUUACAGACUGGAGUACAUGAGGAUGCUGCAUGCUCUGGACUCAGACCGUUUUCAGGUCAUGUUUCGGUACUUUGAAGACAGAGCGAUACAGAAGGAUAAAUCUGGUAUGAUGCAGUGUGUGAUUGCUGUUGGGGACAAGGUCUUCGAGGUCUUCAUUCAGAUGAUGGCUGAAAAACAAAAGACCAAAGCCCAUGAGGAGGAGCUUGAACGACACGCUCAGUUCCUCCUAGUCAACUUCAAUCACAUCCACAAGAGGAUUCGCAGAGUAGCUGACAAGUAUUUGUCGGGCCUUGCGGAAACUUUCCCUCACCUGCUAUGGAGUGGCCGGGUGCUGAAGACAAUGCUGGACAUCCUGCAGACGCUCUCUCUGUCCCUCAGUGCUGACAUUCACAAGGACCAGCCUUACUACGACAUCCCAGACACACCCUACAGAAUCACUGUCCCAGACACCUAUGAAGCCAGAGAGAGCAUCGUGAAGGAUUUUGCUGCACGAUGUGGAGAGAUCUUGAAAGAAGCUAUGAAAUGGGCUCCGUCUGUUACCAAGUCCCACCUACAGGAGUACCUGAAUAAACACCAGAACUGGGUGUCGGGUCUCUCCCAGCACACGGGCCUGGCCAUGGCCACAGAAAGCAUCCUGCACUUCGCUGGUUACAACAGACAAAGCACCACGCUGGGGUCCACUCAGCUGACUGAGAGACCAGCUUGUGUGAAGAAAGACUACUCCAACUUCAUGGCAUCGCUGAACCUCCGGAACAGAUACGCUGGGGAGGUCUCGGGUAUGAUCCACUUCGCCCAAGCGGUCCGGGGACAGUCAGAUCUGAGCCGGUUGAUGAUCAAGCAGAUGGGAGAGGCGUUGGACUCGGGGGAGCCCGAGGCCUUCACUGAAGCCAUGUUCAAACUGGCAGCGUUGCUCAUCAGCAGCAAAGACUGCGACCCUCAGCUGCUGCACCACCUCUGCUGGUCUCCUCUCAAGAUGUUUACGGAGCACGGACUGGAAACGGCCAUCGCCUGCUGGGAGUGGCUGCUGGCGGCGCGCACGGGAGUGGAAGUCCCGUUCAUGCGAGAGAUGGCGGGCGCGUGGCAGAUGACAGUGGAGCUGAAGAUGGGCUUGUUCUCAGAUACUCAGGUGGAGGCUGAUCCUCUCGCUGCAUCAGAGGAGAGUCAGCCUGUCCCCUGCCCUCCAGAUGUUACCCCUCACCACAUCUGGAUCGAGUUUCUCGUCCAGAGGUAUGAGAUAGCGAAGUACUCCAGCGCAGAUCAGGUGGAGAUCUUCUGUAGUCUGAUGCAGCGCUCACUGUCGCUGGAUGUUGGCGGGGCUAAGAGCAGCCUCAACCGCCACGUAGCUGCGAUCGGACCUCGUUUCAGGCUUCUGACGCUGGGUCUGGCUCUGCUCCACUCUGACGUUGUCACCAAUGCAACCGUGAGAAAUGUGCUCCGGGAGAAAAUCUAUUCCACUGCCUACGAUUACUUCAGCGUAUCUCCAAAGUUUCCCACGCAGGGUGACAAGCACCUGCGUGAGGACAUCAGCAUCAUGAUUCGCUUCUACGCCAGCAUCCUCUCUGACAAGAAGUACCUUGCGGCUUACCAGCUGGUCCCCCCCGGUGAGCUUGGUACCACUCCCGCCCCGAGCACACUCUCUGCUGGGAUAUUCGGAUCGCUUAUCGUGUCCAGCACUACUCCGAUAUCAAUCUUAAACAAUCAGGACGCAGCGUUGAACAGCCUGGCGGUGAUGAACGCCGCUGACCUGAGGAGCAACGUGGACUCCAGUUCUCGCUCGCAGCACAGCGGCCAGGGUUGGAUCAACACCUACCCGCUGUCCAGCGGCAUGUCCACCACCUCCAAGAAAUCAGGCACGUCCAAGAAGAGCAACCGAGGAACGCAGCUUCACAAGUACUACAUGAAACGCAGGACUCUGCUGCUGGCGUUACUGGCCAGUGAGAUCGAACGGCUGACGACGUGGUACAACCCCCUGUCCACUCAGGAGUUGGCCAUCGCCACCGAGCAGUCGGUGGAGACCAGCAUCGCCAACUGGAGGUCCAAGUACAUCAGCCUGACUGAGAAACAGUGGAAGGACAACGUUAACCUGGCCUGGGGUAUCGCCCCUUACCUGGCCAUGCAGCUGCCGGCCAGGUUUAAAAAUGACGCCAUUGUUGCCGAGGUAACCAGACUGGUGAGACUGGACCCCGGAGCCGUCAGUGACGUUCCUGAGGCCGUCAAGUUCCUGGUGACGUGGCACACCAUCGAUGCCGACUCUCCGGAGCUCAGCCACAUCUUGUGCUGGGCCCCCGCCGACCCCCCGACUGGGCUGUCCUACUUCAGCAGCAUGUACCCUCCUCAUCCUCUCACUGCGCAGUACGGAGUUAAAGUGCUGCGCUCCUUUCCUCCGGAUGCCAUCUUGUUCUACAUACCCCAGAUUGUUCAGGCACUUCGUUUCGAUAAGAUGGGUUACGUCAGGGAGUACAUCCUGUGGGCGGCACAGAAGUCUCAGCUUCUCGCCCAUCAGUUUAUCUGGAACAUGAAGACCAACAUCUUCAUGGAUGAAGAAGGACACCAGAAGGACCCCGACAUCGGGGAGCUGCUGGAGCAGAUGGUGGAGGAAAUCACUGGGUCGCUGUCGGGUCCCGCCAAAGACUUCUACCAGAGAGAGUUUGACUUCUUCAACAAGAUCACCAACGUCUCCGCCCUCAUCAAGCCGGUUCCAAAAGGCGAGGAAAGAAAACGAGCGUGUCUCAAGGCUUUAUCCGACAUCCGAGUGCAGCCAGGAUGUUACUUGCCCAGUAAUCCGGAGGCAAUCGUCCUGGACAUCGACUACAAGUCUGGAACCCCCAUGCAGAGUGCUGCCAAGGCGCCCUACCUUGCCAAGUUUAAGGUGAAGCGCUGUGGGGUGAGUGAGCUGGAGAGGGAGGGGCUCCGCUGUCCCUCAGACUCUCUGGAGGACGGAGAAGACAAUCCUGACGGGCCACGCAAGGUGUGCUGGCAGGCGGCCAUCUUCAAAGUGGGCGAUGACUGCAGACAGGAUAUGCUCGCCCUGCAGAUCAUUGGCCUUUUUAAGAACAUCUUCCAACUGGUCGGGCUGGAUCUGUUUGUGUUCCCGUACAGAGUGGUGGCCACUGCACCAGGGUGCGGCGUGAUCGAGUGCAUCCCCGACUGCAAAUCCAGAGACCAGCUCGGCCGGCAGACGGACUUCGGGAUGUACGAUUACUUCCGUAACCAGUACGGCGAUGAAUCCACCCUGGCCUUCCAGAAGGCGCGGUACAACUUCAUCCGCAGCAUGGCCGCUUACAGCCUCCUGCUGUUCCUGCUGCAGAUCAAAGACAGACACAACGGCAACAUCAUGCUGGACAGCAAAGGUCACCUCAUCCACAUAGAUUUCGGCUUCAUGUUUGAGAGCUCGCCUGGCGGUAACCUAGGCUGGGAGCCCGACAUCAAGCUGACGGAUGAGAUGGUGAUGAUCAUGGGGGGCAAAAUGGAGGCCACACCUUUUAAAUGGUUCAUGGAGAUGUGUGUCAGAGGAUAUCUGGCUGUGCGACCCUACAUGGAUGCAGUGGUGUCUCUGGUCACCCUCAUGUUGGACACUGGACUGCCGUGUUUCAGAGGACAAACCAUAAAACUCCUCAAGGGACGUUUUAAUCCACAGAUGAGCGAGAAAGAAGCGGCAGCGUUCAUGAUCAAAAUCAUCCAAAGCUGUUUCCUCAGCAGCAGGAGUAAAACGUACGACAUGCUGCAGUACUACCAGAACCAGAUCCCUUAUUGAGGCUCCCCGUCCGGACCACUGCCGCUCCUACAUCACAGACGUCUAUGCAGGAGCGCCGCCGAAUCUUUCCAAGCACUCUAAAACAGACGGGAUCAGCUGGUUCUGCUCUUUUGGGGCCAGGCAGCGAUGGGGCACUUUAGUUUUAAACUCUCCACUUUUACGUCCUCAGAUUUUAUAAAGUAAUCGUGUGUUUUAGAUUAUUUCUCUAUUUAAGAUGAGAUUUAUGACUUUUACCUGAACGCGUACCUGAAUCUCCCUUUAAGUAUUUCCCUGGAUGCAGUCGUUUGUAACUCGCACCAACACGAGCCGCCGCGCUGUUACACACUUCGAUGCACUUUAAAGAUCGCAGUAUUUCAUCGGCUUUACCUUCCGCUGAUGGAGAGGUGAUCUGAAGAGCCGGCGCUGGGAUCAAUCAACGUUUAAUCAGACAUGUAGAGGCAUGGAGUCAGAUGUGUUUAUGCCGUAGUGUUUAAUAUAGUUACUGUGGAAUCACUUCCUGGUCGCGGGCAGCUUUUCUGUGAUUUGGUGUGUAGAUUUACAACAACGUGUUUAACGGGAUUUUUUUUCUUCUUUUUUGUUCUUUUUUUUACGCUCAUCGUCACGUUUUCAUGUCAGCCGGAGGUUAAAUAGUUGUUUACACUGUUUCACCAACCUGAAACUUUGAAAUUCAUUAAAAUAUCUCAGUUUGUCCUGAGAGUUGAUGUUGGGGCGCAUGAAAAAACUGGACCUGAGUGGGAUAUUAAGUCCACAGCAAACAGCCAGGAAGUUGAUUUAACUUCCAGCACGGGUCUUCUACUGACCACCGGUGUCCAACAGUGAGACCAUCUCUACUGACCUGCAUGUUAAAAUGUCAAACUUUACAAAAAUUAUUAAACAAACAUGUUUACAGUCUGGUUCAGAAAACGGUUUUGGUCCACUGGUUCCCGGUUCUGGGUUCCAGUUUAAAGGCUGCUAGCGAGGGCUAACCAGGUGGCUAACCGCUUCCAUCAGCCUGGCCAGCAACAUAGCCCUGGACCCUUUCAGAAGCCUCCUAGGCAGUACUCGAGUUGUGAAAAAAAAUCAGGGGGGAUGGUGGAUUUUAUCAUAUGGGGACAGAUAAUUUGUGCUGAUUACAAAUAAUAUAAUAUAUUACAAAUAAUAGCACUGACCAAAACACCUGCAGAAAUACUGCAGGAAUGACAUAGCAGCAGUUAAAUGCAGCCUUCUGUAAGCUUUAAAUAUCCACUGGGCUUAGAUCAAAUACAUCAAAACACAAAAAUAAAAAACAGUUUUCUGAACUUAUCAAUAUGACUCUGUCCUUCACAGGAUAAGUAAAAUGGAUCACUGCAAAAACUCAAGAUCUUAACAAGAAUAUUUGUCUUAUUUCUAGUUAAAAUGUCUAAUUUUAGUAAAAAAAAAUCUCAUUACACUUAAAACAAGACUCAUCACUGGAAAAAACUACAAUUUUCACCUGUU